CUGUGGAUAUUGUGCGUGUGUAGGACAAAAGGGGGAGGGAAAGCAUACACACACUUGUGCGGCUGAUGUAACAGAACUGUGACCACAAUGCAGUGACGGUUUUUUUUUAAAAGAAAAGAGGGAAGAGAGCUCUUCCUGACUAUGUUCUGAACAAGAUUGUGCACAUCUACAUUUCCUGAUUUACCUCAUUCCAUCAUUAUCACUCCAUCAUGUCGCUGCUGACUCACGUGCUGGCGUGCCUGUUUGGUAUGGGCUCCUGGGUGGCCAUCAACGGGAUGUGGGUAGAGCUGCCCCUGGUCGUAAAGGAUCUCCCGGAAGGCUGGUAUCUGCCGUCCUACCUCACAGUCCUCAUCCAGAUGGCCAACAUAGGUCCUCUCUUCAUCACUCUGAUGCACCGCUUCCGCCCAGGGUUCCUAGAUGAGCGGCCGGUUAUCUACUGCAUUGUAGGGUUGGGGAUCAUUGCUACAUUCCUGCUGGCUUUCUUCUGGAAGCACACAGUGACAAUAGCGGGCUCUUUGCACAGUGUGCCCCUGCUGGUGUUAAGCUUCCUGCUCUCUGUGGUGGACUGCACCUCCUCUGUUACCUUUCUGCCUUUCAUGAUGCGGCUGCGGCCACAGUACCUUACCACGUACUUUGCCGGUGAAGGCCUCAGUGGUCUGGUGCCUGCACUGGUGGCUCUGAUUCAAGGUGUUGGUGUAGUCCACUGUCAGAAUGCCACUUUGGCUGAUAACGCCACUACGGUUGGCAGCGAAGAGCUACUGGCCAUCUACCAGCCAGCUAAAUUCUCCGCCCAGGUCUUCUUUGUGUUCCUCAGCGCUAUGAUGGUUGUGUGCAUGGUGGCCUUCAUCCUCCUCAACCAUCACCCAGCUGUGGCUCGGGAGCGAAAUAACGACCUGUACUUCAGUGGCGAUCUUGCCCCUGAUAAGAGAGAGCAAGGUCUGUCUCUGCACGCCCAGACGCCAGAGCAGAAGCCAAUGAUCAGCCCUCUGGAAGCUGUCAAUAGGGAACCCAGGAGCUCUUUUGGGAUGGGCACGUAUAACAACCUCGAGGUGUUGUUCAUCUUUGUCGUACUGGCUUGGGUCAAUGCUCUGACCAAUGCAGUGCUGCCCUCAGUCCAGUCCUACUCCUGUUUGCCUUAUGGAAACCAGGCCUACCAUCUGGCUGCCACCAUGGCAGCUGUAGCUAACCCAGUGGCCUGCUUCAUUGCCAUGUGUAUGCCCAUCAGGUCUCUCAUCUUCAUGGGUUUCUUGACCAUGGUUGGGACUGGAUUUGGAGCCUACAUUAUGGCCAUGGCUGCUCUCAGUCCCUGCCCCCUGCUGGUCCACAGUGCCUCUGGAACUGCAGUCAUAGUGCUGACCUGGAUCGUGUUUGUCCUGUCGCUGUCCUAUGUGAAGGUCAUCAUUGGGGUGAUUCUGAGGGAUGAGGGUCACAGUGCUCUCGUGUGGUGUGGAGCAGUAGUGCAGUUGGGCUCCAUGGUUGGGGCUUUAUCCAUGUUCCCAUUGGUCAGUGUCUAUGGACUUUUUAAGUCAGGUGAUGCUUGCAACACCAAGUGUCCGAUGUAGUGAAUGAGGUGUAAUUUGCGCUUGUUUUUAUUAGCACUGAACUUACCGCAGUCAUGAGCUUUACGUAGGUCUGUUCCUAUUUGUUUCAAGAGAGCUGAGAGGUCACAUGUGUUUAUCUACAACAGUAUCCUGGUGUUGUAACAGAUUUGUUUCUAUCAGAGUCAGACAGUAGAUUUAUGUUUUGUAUAGUAUAUUUAUUGACUGAUAGAGUGAACUCUACACAAAGAAAAGAAAAAGACACCUGUAUUAUCAAUGUGCCAGACCACACACAAGACCAUUUUGUUGCUGAGCAUAUUAUACUUCCUUCUCAAUUCAGAGGUCAAAGCCAGUUUACUUGAACUGUUAACAUUAUGUAAAAAUAUAAUUGAUUGUUGCUUUUAUAAGAAGUGAUGGUACUUUUGGUUUUAAAAUGUGCCUUAAAUUAGAGACACUGAAAGAUGUAGCCUUUUUUUGGUGUACAUUGUUUAUUAUUAUACCUUCCUUUGUAUGUGUUACCUGGUGGAGAAACUGUUCAACAAUACCAAAUAAACUUGUUUUAUUGCUACUAAA